GUUUCGCUUGAGCUUUGUAUCGUAUUGUAAACGCCUUUCUUAAAAAGAAAGACGGGAUAGAAAUUAAUCGAAAUUGAAACAGUAAUUAUGUUCACACUGUCGUUCAAACUGAGCUGAUUUUGACUUCAGUAGUCUGUAUUAUUUAUUAAUAAACCUACAUUUUAAUUCAAAUGAACGCGUGUCUGAGAACCGCCUGAAACUCAUCAUGCCUUCGUAUGAAGAAUGGAAGAAAAGCAUCCACUUCUACUACUGUGUCAAAUUCACGCUAAAUGUGUAUUCGAUGCUGUUUUCGCUUGUGGGCCUGUGUGUGCUGUGUGUGGGUGUGUAUGCCGAGGUGGAGAGGCAGAAGUACCGUACCCUUGAGGGAGUGUUUCUGGCUCCUGCUGUGGUCCUCAUCCUGCUAGGGCUGGUCAUGUUCUCUGUGUCUGUGGUAGGAAUGUUGGGAUCACUGCGUGACAACAAAACCCUACUGCACAUGUUCCUGAGCGUGCUCUCUGUUCUGCUGGCGCUCCAGAUUCUCGCCCUCAUCAUCGCUCUGCUGUUUGAGAAAACGACAUUCGAAUUGUUCCAGAAAAAUAUCCGGCAAGGCAUCAAGCACUACUACGAUGACCUGGACUUCAAAAACAUCCUGGACUACGUACAAGAGAAGUUUUCCUGCUGUGGAGGUGAUGAAUAUAAGGACUGGGAGGUGAAUCAGUACCAUUUCUGUAAUGGCACUGGCCCGCUGGCCUGCGGAGUUCCUUACACCUGCUGCAGAAAAGAGCCUGGAGAAGUAGUAAACACCCUGUGUGGCUAUAAGACUCUUACCAAACAGCGUGAAGAUUUGACCGACGUUAUACACGUGCGUGGAUGUAUUCAUGCCGUAAACCUGUGGAUGCGUGACAACGUUGGGGCCACAAUAGGAAUCUGCUGUGCCCUUGGCUUGCCUCAGCUUUUGGGCAUCCUUCUAAGCUGCAUGUUCUGGAACCUCCUGGUGGAGAUGAGUGAAUCCACAGACAUGGUGGACUUCAAGAUCCUUAAAAAGGCUGGAUUCACCUACAGCGAGCUGGACUUGUCAGGCGCUGGCUGGUGCAUGUGUCUGCCCCGUGUUGGCGGAUACCUACCUAUACCUUACACAGAACCAGAACCAGAGCCGGAAGCAGAAACGCUGACCCCUGAUCUUGAGUCUGACCCUGUGAGCUUAGAGCAGAUGCAGGCCGAGAUAUUACUGAGGCAAUCAAAACAAGACCAUCCUGGAAUGGAUGAGGUAGACAGUCGAGCAUAGAGGUGGGAAAGAUAACCGAGAUGCAUCCAUGUCCAUCACCUUUUUUUAAUUUAAUCAUGGUUUUUAUUUAUUUUAUUCUGUUUGUGUACAAGGAACACAUUCUUGUAUUGCACUGUUGAGUCUUGCACUACACACCGGGAUCAACUUUGAACCUCUUUAGAGACUGCAAUUUUUUCUCACUAAGUUGUCAAACAUAAGUGAAGCAGUUAUUUUUUUAAUUAAGGUUUGUUUUUUUUUGUUUUUUUUAAAACUCCAUUUUAAAUACAUUUCCACAAUCUUUCCUAAUGGGAUUUAUUUAAGAUUUGUUGGGUUUAACCUGUCGUAUUUAUCGUGUUGUCUUUUUAUUCGUGUAUCAUUUGACUGACAAAUAGGAAAAAAAAAGGUUUUAAAAAGUGAACUUGGAUUGAAAUGUUCAGGGUGAAAUAUUUCUAUUAGGCUUUUAUUUUGUCUUUAUUGCUGUCUAAUAGUUGACAUAGUUGAGUAGCUAUGUGGGGAAGUUAGAAAAGCUACAAAAUCAUUUUGUGUAGAAAUCAAUUGCUAUUCUGGUAUCAGGUAUUCUGGUAAUUCAUUUGCAUAUAUCAAAAGACCAACAGGUGAUAUUAAGUGUACAAUAACUUUGAAUUAUAGCGAUCUGGGGAUAUUUCCAAGAGGAAUUAUCAAGAGGAGGAAAUACAAGUCAUCAAACACUAGCUAAAUGAAGUGAAGUUAGGUGAGUGAAAAUUCAGACUGAAUAAAAUCUUCUGUUCCAUUUCCUGAUUGAUUUGAUACUAGUUCAUUACUUGUUAGUAUCAGUUUCAGAUAUUAAACACUACUCCUAUUUAAUAUCGAUACAUCCUUAUUCUUUCAUAAACAAGUAGCUAUAACCACAUUCAGUCAGUUAUUAUAUGCUUAGUGGCAUGUCGGUAGAUUUAUCUGAUAAAAAUAGUCAAGUUUACAGGGGGUACCUAAUAAACCAUCACACGUGUCUCCAUUUUAUGACUGUUUUUGUAAUAUUUCUAGUUAAAUGUAUUGCGUGUUCACAUCAUUCUUCUAUUAUUGAAAACAGAGAAUUGGAUGUAGCUCUGCUGUUCCUGUUUACAAUCCUGUGGGUAUGACUUGACACUACAGCCCGUUGCCUUAGUCACUAUUUUUGUUUAUUUUUUUUCUUUCUCCCAAUGAUACCUCAGGCUAUUCUGGGAUAACCCUGACUAUGUGAUUUUUUUUUUUUAUUUUAUUUAUUUAUUUAUUUAUUUUUUUAAGAAAAAAAAUCAGUUUGGCAAUCAGUACAUGAAACCUAAUGUUUAUAAUAAUGUUUAGAAUAUGUACUUUUUCAGUUGAAGUGCUUUAACUUUAAGUGCAUGCAUUUUUGUAAAUGUUUGAAAGCAAUCUGAAAUCAAAAAUGGUGCUUUGAAAACUAAAGUUUGUAGUCAUCAUAAUUUUAUAAAGAAUUUUUUUGGACUUUCAUGACAAAUCAAUCAGACAAGACAUUUCUUAUGGACAAAUAUUUUGUGUCAAUAUUUUGCCUCAAAACAAAUCUGAUGUACUGUAACCCUAUUUGGACGGGAUUUAUUUUACAUGCACCUGCUACACAUUUGACCUGAGUUUUCAUUCCUUCCCUUUUGCCCGGUAUAUGAAUUACAAGCCAAAUUACUUAUGUUUUUUUUUGUUGUUUUUUUUUAAAUAUAUCCACCACAUAUUUAUGGAAAGUAAACAUGAUUUAUCGAAAAAUAAACAAAUGAAAAGAAUGAACAGUUGUAUCAACGUCAAUUCCUGACUAAAGUAAUUUGGCAUUAAUAACUAAUGCAUAUUAAAAUUAUUUAAGCAUGUCUGACGCAUCUAUGUUUGUAGGAUUAAAACUAAUUCUGUCUGAAUAGGACUGCUCUUUUACAUUUAAUUUAGCUUAAUGUGGCAUGAAAGCAAGUUUAUGAAGUUUCCCAUCAUUCCUUGUUUUUCAUCCUCACAGCUCUAAUUUCAGAUGCCGAACACAUCUUAGCUUAACGGCUGCAAUUAUAUAAGGAGAGAAGUGUACAUGGGUUUUUGGCAUUUGUACUGUUCUUGUAAGCUUGUUGCUGGAGACAGAGCUGUUCCUCACCACUGGCCUUAUGAAAAACCCCAGUGCAGUCUUUGCCAAUAAAAUACGACUUGCAUUAA